AUGUGGCGGGCCCGGGCCGCGGCGGCAUGCCUCGUCUGCCAAAGUUUAGGAAAUAGUGGCUAUGGAAUGAAAGGAAAAUCACCACUGCAGAAAUUGCACCUUGUUUCCCGGAGCAUUCAUCAUCCCUGUUAUCCAAAUUCAAAGUUUCAGAGACCACCCUUAAGGAUAUGGGUGCAACAGUUUUCCUCUCUUAACCACCUUACCUUAAGAAAAACAAAACUUUUAUAUGUAAAGCAUGAAUACCAGCCCCAUAGGAACUUUUGGCUAGCUAGAGUUGCUUCGAGGCUUCUAAAACUUCGCUAUCUUGUACUAGGAUCUGCUGUAGGUGGUGGCUAUACAGCCAAAAAGACUUAUGAUCAAUGGAAGGACAUGAUGCCCGAUCUCAGUGACUAUAAGUGGAUUGUUCCUGACUUCGUAUGGGAUCUUGAUGAAUUCAUUGACUUUGAAAAACUUAACAAAGCCCUUCCUGAUGCAGAAGACCUUGCCAGACUUCUUCCUGAUUUUGACAAGAUUGGAGAAAGCCUCAGUUCACUUAAGGGAUUUUUUUCACCCGGUUACAAUUUGGUUAGUGAAGUCAUAGGAGCUUCUGAUCUACUUCUGUUGUUAGGUACCCCAGGGGAAACAGCAUUCAAAGCUACGGACCAGGGCUAUGACAAUGACAAACAGUACAAGAAGGGCCUGCUUGGUGAACUCAUUCUGUUACAACAGCAAAUCCAGCAGCACGAAGAAGAAGCACGCAAAGCCGCUGACCAAUAUAACAUGGGCUCUUCCCAGCAGAAGGCAAAGGUCUCUGACAAAGACAAAAUUGAUCAGCUUCAAGAAGAACUUCUGCGCACUCAGCUCAAAUAUCAACGAAUGCUUGAGCGCUUAGAGAAGGAGAAUAAAGAAUUAAGAAAGCUGGUCUUGCAAAGAGAUGACAAGGGCAUUCAUCAGAGGAAACUAAAGAAAUCUUUGAUCGAUAUGUAUUCUGAAGUUCUAGACAUUCUGUCCGACUAUGAUGCCAGCUAUAAUACCCAAGACCAUCUACCUCGGGUAGUUGUGGUUGGAGAUCAGAGUGCAGGAAAAACCAGCGUGCUAGAAAUGAUUGCCCAAGCUCGGAUAUUUCCUCGAGGGUCUGGGGAGAUGAUGACCCGUUCUCCUGUUAAGGUCACCCUUAGUGAAGGUCCCCACCAUGUGGCCUUGUUCAAAGAUAGCUCUCGGGAGUUUGAUCUGACCAAGGAGGAGGAUCUUGCAGCCUUGAGAAAUGAGAUAGAAAUCAGAAUGAGGAACAGCGUGAAAGAAGGAUGCACUGUUAGUACUGAGACCAUUUCCUUAAACGUGAAAGGUCCUGGCCUGCAGAGAAUGGUCCUGGUAGAUUUGCCUGGUGUCAUUAGUACUGUGACCUCAGGUAUGGCUCCAGACACUAAGGAAACUAUCUUCAGUAUCAGCAAAGCCUAUAUGCAGAACCCUAACGCCAUCAUCCUUUGUAUUCAAGAUGGGUCAGUGGAUGCAGAGCGCAGUAUUGUCACCGACUUAGUCAGUCAAAUGGAUCCUCAAGGAAAGAGGACAAUUUUUGUUUUGACUAAAGUGGACCUUGCUGAAAAAAAUGUGGCCAGUCCAAACAGGAUCCAACAAAUCAUUGAAGGUAAACUCUUCCCAAUGAAGGCGCUGGGUUAUUUUGCAGUUGUUACUGGAAAAGGAAACACCAAUGAAAGUAUCGACUCUAUUAAAGAAUAUGAAGAGGAUUUUUUUCAGAAUUCAAAACUCUUAAAAACAUGUAUGCUGAAGGCCCACCAGGUAACAACACGCAACCUAAGCCUUGCUGUGUCAGAUUGCUUUUGGAAAAUGGUGAGAGAAUCUGUGGAGCAGCAGGCCGAUGCUUUUAAAGCAACACGUUUUAAUCUUGAGACCGAGUGGAAGAACAACUACCCACGGCUGCGAGAGCUUGACCGGAAUGAACUGUUUGAAAAAGCAAAGAAUGAAAUCCUUGAUGAGGUUAUUAGUUUGACCCAAGUCACACCAAAGCACUGGGAAGAGAUUCUUCAGAAAACAUUGUGGGAAAGGGUAUCUACUCAUGUGAUUGAGAACAUCUACCUUCCAGCAGCCCAGACUGUGAAUUCAGGAACAUUUAACACCACUGUAGACAUCAAGCUAAAGCAAUGGACUGACAAGCAGCUGCCUAAUAAAGCAGUAGAGGUGGCAUGGGCAACCCUGCAGGAAGAAUUUUCUCGAUUCAUGACAGAACAGAAAGGAAAAGAGCAUGACGAUAUCUUUGAUAAAUUGAAACAAGCUGUCAAAGAAGAAAGUAUUAAACGGCACAAGUGGAAUGAGAGAGCAGAAGAUAGCUUGAGAGUGAUCCAGCACAACGCUUUAGAAGAUCGGUCGAUAUCUGAUAAACAGCAGUGGGAUGCAGCUAUUUAUUUCAUGGAGGAGACUCUCCAGAGUCGUCUCAAAGACACUGAAUCUGUUAUUGAAGAUAUGGUGGGUCCAGACUGGAAAAAGAGGUGGCUGUACUGGAUAACCCGUUCCAAAGAGCAGCAUGUUCGUAAUGAAACAAAAAAUGAACUUGAGAAGUUGAUCAAAUGUAAUGAUGACCAUGCUGCUUACCUGGCAAAUGAUGAGGUAACAACUGUCCGGAAGAAUCUUGAAGCAAGAGGAGUAACAGUGGACCCCUGUCUGAUUAAAGACACAUGGCACCAAAUCUAUAGAAGACAUUUCCUGAGGACUGCUUUGAGCCAUUGUAAUCUGUGUCGAAGAGGCUUUUAUUACUACCAAAGGCAUUUUGUUGACUCCGAGCUUGAAUGUAAUGAUGUGGUUCUCUUCUGGCGCAUACAGCGAAUGCUGGCAAUUACAGCAAAUACACUGAGGCAACAGCUUACCAACACAGAAGUCAGGCGUUUGGAGAAGAAUGUAAAGGAAGUGCUGGAAGACUUUGCUGAGGACAACGAGAAGAAGGUUAAGUUACUAACUGGCAAAAGGGUCCAGCUGGCAGAGGAUCUCAAAAAAGUUCGGGAAAUCCAGGAAAAACUUGAAGUCUUCAUAGAAGCCCUUCAUCAGGAGAAAUAGAUGGAGGCAAUAUUUUUUAGUUAAUUAAAAGCAGCAGCAGCAGUUAUAACGUGAAUGCAGCCCUUGCCCACAACACGUUGCACAAAGAAGGCUUUUCUGUUCCAUUCUCCUCUCCACCAAAACUUUUGGGGAGCAUUGUGUGAAGUGAAGGGGGAUGAGAAAAGCAGUUUCUCUAUGGGAUCAAGGCGUUUCAACAAAACCCGUCCUCUUAAUUUUGGAAGAAAGAUGCACAUCGCAGCAAAAUCUGGAUUUUAUGAGGUUGAAAAAAGUUGGGCAAGCUCCUCCAGUAUACAACUGAGUUUUGUUUCUGAGAGGAAAAGAGGCUUCUGUUUGGCUGCUGUCUAGCAUGGCAGGACUGGAUAAGAUUCAUUAAGUAAUCCAGUGUCGAUUCCUUGCCCAAAACAAUGCUGGGAGUUGGAAAUAAAGUUUUAUCAUUUGUACAUACAUGAUUAUGCCCUUCUAAGUGAUACUGUUUGUCUCUGUAAUGCUGUAUGUUGAAGUGUCCUCUGAUCAAUAAGGUACAGAUGGAAAUGCACUGUUUUAGGAAGGCAGAUCUUGGAAAGGAAGCUGGGGAUUUUGUACAGCGCAUAGACACUUGAAAGGACUCAUCCAAGCAAUCCUUUCAGUUCCUUUUGGAAUGAAAGUACAGACUGCCGUUCACUGACACCUUUACAGGUUUGGCUCAGGAAAUGUCAACAGCUGUUCACUUCUUUCCUAGCAGAUGAUGUUGCUCUGAAUCCAAUUUCAUUGCGGGAUUUACUGGACUCUGGCUUUCCAAUUCAGCUCUUCCCCCCAGUUAGGAAGAUUUCUGCUUGUGUGUAUGCAGAAUGCAAAACAAUAACUUGAUGGUGGAACGCCAGUUGCUUUGACCCACUCAAAUAAAAACCUCAGAGAAAAAUUAAAAUCAGAUUUUAUUUCCUUUUUUUCUGGGGACUCUAAGGCCAAAAUUGCUUUAAAUUAAUGCAGUACAGAAGAUCCCUUCAUAGCCACUUGCUUUAUAUCAAGCAUAGUAUAAAUAGUCACUGAAAUCCAUUUCCUUCAGCCUGUCAUGUUGCCCCUAAAGCAGUAUGUAUAGUAAAUACAAGAACUUGGUGAACUGUAACAUAUGUCGAGUCUUUGAACUAUCAUAAAGAAUUUUGCCCGACUGGUUUUUACUUGUUGCUUCUAUUAUCUUCCAGUCACGAAUUGUUCAUGUUAGCCCCCCAUACGUGAGCGUGGGCUUUUUUACAUACCUCCUCUCAAGUACUCUUGUGUAAAAUGGUAACAUGAUAAAUUUAAGAAAUGAAUCUAAACACCAUUGCACAGAUGUCCAAUGCCUUUUUAACCUGCUUCCUAUUCUUCUCUUAAUUUUUUUUUUAAUACAAAUGGCAUAAGCAAGCUAUGUUUGAUAAGUGAUCUGGAUACUUUCAGGAAUGCUUCCAUGGAAGAGGGGUUAGGCAGAAAACUGCACAAGGAAUGGCUAUCUCAAAGUGCACGUUAGAGCACUGAUGUAUACUCGCAUUCGCUCUGUUAAAGGCUAGUUAUUGGACGUACUGUUAAUUGAGAGAGGAAGAAUCGAUAUGCGAGAGCAUUCAUCACCUCUGUUCUCAGCUAGAGGAAGCACCGGUAGGGAAAACCCUUAACACUUUAAUGAUCAGAAAUAAAACUUUAAAUACUAUCAUGUGAAAAAUUAAAUCAUAGUUUUUCAUACAAAGGUGCUUUAAAGCUUGAACAUCAAGAUGAUCUAACACUCUAAGUACCAAAAUCCUAACACUUAAGCAGAUGUUAAUGAUAUAAAAAUGAGUCAAUUUUAGGAAAAAAAGAUAAAUUGUAUUAUCUGUUGAUAAAGACUGAGUACCUGGAGAAAUUUAAGUUCCCAAAUGAGGAAAACAGGUUCCAUAGGCUGGGUACCAAGUGAAUGAGUCUGUACUUGUAUUAAAUCCCUCUUCUGUGCAAAACACCUUUUGCAUUGACUUGAAGAGAUCACUGUUUGAAGCCUCCAUGUAGUGUGUUACCAAAUGUCACAGCCAGUGGUCCAAAUACAUCUCCCCCCUCUCUUUUUUUAAGUGAAAUCAAAAAAAGUUUUGGGUUCUAACUUCUCUCUAUUGCUAAUAUGACACUUGGCAUGAUGUAUCCCAUGAAAACUAGGUAUUUAUUGACUGCUGAUGUAAUUGAAGGGAAAAAAUAAAAUUCAGAUUUUGAACACUA